CACUGUCUUAAACAGUCACCCCGCGCUGUGUCUACAGAGGACCCUGCAGUCCACCAUGGCGGCGCCCGGUGGAACUUUAAACUGUGAGGACUUCUCAAUGUUUCAGGAGGUGCUGAAGGUGAUGCGCACCAUAGACGACCGCAUCGUCCACUCCCUGAACACCACCGUGCCCACAGUCUCCUUCUCGGGCAAAGUGGACGCCACACAAACAUGCAAACAACUCUAUGAAUCUAUGAUGGAGGCCCAUCUGACCAGAGACAAAGCUAUCAAGUCCUGUAUAGCCCAAACAUCUGUGGUGGUGGGACAACUGCGUGAAGAGAGAGCAAAAGACAGCGAGAACUUGGCUCUCAUCAAACAGCUCAGAAAGGAGCAGACCAAAUUAAAGCUCAUGCAGUCAGAGCUGAAUGUUGAAGAGGUCGUCAAUGAUAGAAGUCUGAAGGUGUUCAGAGAAAGGUGCAGAAUCCACUACACGCCUCCGCAGGUGAAGUGAAGCUCCAGGUCUGAUCUAAAAGGAGCUGCUUCACUCGAUGUUUGAAUCCAGACUGGAGCUGAAACUGUGACCUGCUGCUGAGUCCUGACUGCAGGCUGCAGAGCCCCCAGACCACUCUGACCUCUCCUCCAACACACCUAUAUUCCAUUGUGAUCCUUGAAUUGCAUUACCACAGCUGUAACAGUCAUCCAUGUGCUUCUUUAAUGAGAAACAUUGUACAAAAAGAGUUUUUUUAAAAGACAAUGAAAUGUUUUCAAGUGA